CUGGCGUGUGAGGCUCUUGAGAUUGGGGGGCAGUAACUACAGAUGCACAGGUGUGGACGGGACUGCUGAGGUGCAUUUCCUGUACAGAGGAGGAGGAGGAAGAAGAAGAAGAAGUGUGAGGGAAGGUAGAGACAAGGACGGGUUCAACUGGUUUCUUCACAAUAGCAGCUCACCUGCCGGUCAGUGUUGCAUUCCAGCGCAGAGGGGGAAGGAAGGCAGAUCACAGCUUCUCUGUACUUUCAACUCCUGGGAGAAAUUCAACAUGGCUGAGAAUGAGAACUUUUACGGCAAAAACGGUGAGCCUCGGAAGUAUGAUCCCAACUUUAAGGGUCCGAUUGAGAAAAGGGGCUGCACAGACAUCGUCUGCUGCAUCCUCUUCAUCAUUUGUGUUCUGGCAUACAUCGCAGUGGGAAUUCUAGCAUGGUCCCAAGGUGACCCCAGGAAGGCCAUCUACCCCACAGACAGCCGAGGGCAGUUCUGCGGGCAGGCUGGAACCCCACUGCAAAAUAAGUCGAUGGUGUUUUACUUCAACAUCCUUAAGUGUGCCAGUCCCAUGGUGCUGCUGGAGUUCCAGUGUCCGACCACUCAGAUGUGUGUGGAGAAGUGUCCCGAGAAGUACAUGACCUUACUCUCUGCGUACCCCAUCAAAAAGGAUUUUGAUUACUACAAAAACUUCUGCCAGGAAGGCGUGACAAACUCAAUGGGAGUGCCAGAGAUCCUCAAGAGAGGCCUCUGUCCCGCUGUGCUGAUUCCCAGCAAGUCCUUCACCAAAAGGUGUUUCCCUUCUCUGGGCAUGAACAAUGGCAAGGUAACCGUGGGAGGCCAGGAUAAAGUGAACGAUGGAGAAGGAAACACCGUUCCAGCUGAGGAUCUUCUAUAUGGAGUGAAGAACGCCACUGUGGUGAUUGAGGCCCGUCAGGUGGUGAUGAAAAUCUUUGAGGAUUACACUCAUUCCUGGUACUGGAUCCUCAUAGGGUUGGCAAUCGCCAUGGUCCUCAGUUUGCUCUUCAUCAUCCUCCUGCGCUACCUGGCGGCUAUCAUGGUCUGGGUCGUGAUUGCCUUGUUGAUUUUGGUGAUAGGAUAUGGUAUCGUCCACUGCUACAUGGAGUAUGCUAGCCUGAAGGGAGAGCCAGGCGCUAACGUCACUCUCCAGGAACUGGGCUUUCAGACCGACUUCGCCGUCUACCUGCAGCUACAGCAAACCUGGCUGGCCUUCAUGAUCAUCCUGGCUAUCGUAGAAGUCAUCAUCAUCCUGCUGCUCAUCUUCCUGAGGAAGAGGAUCCUCAUCGCCAUCGCUCUCAUCAAAGAAGCAAGCAGAGCCAUUGGUCAUGUGAUGUGCUCCUUGUUCUACCCGCUGUUCACCUUCCUUCUCCUGGCUUUGGUCAUCGCCUACUGGGCAGUGACUGCUGUUUUCUUGUCUACCUCCAACCAACCCAUCUACAAAGUGUUCAACGAGUCUGCGUGUGAAUACUCGAGACAAACGUGCAGCCCGGCAAAUUUCUCGGACUCUCCAGAGAAAAAGGCUUGCCCGGACUCCCAGUGCCUUUUUGCCUUCUAUGGCGGAGAGACGCCUUAUCACAAAUACCUGAUCGUCUUACAGUUCUACAACGUCUUCCUCUUCUUCUGGUGUGCCAACUUUGUCAUUGCUCUGGGACAGAUGACCUUAGCUGGAGCCUUUGCCUCUUACUACUGGGCCUUUUCCAAGCCGGACGACAUUCCUACCUUCCCUGUGUUUUCUUCUCUGGGGAGAUCUCUCAGGUAUCACACAGGGACUCUGGCGUUUGGCGCCCUCAUCCUCUCCAUCGUUCAGCUCAUCAGGGUUCUGCUGGAGUAUCUGGACCACAAACUUAAAGGAGCCCAGAAUAAGUUUGCAAAGUUCCUGCUGUGCUGCCUGAAGUGCUGCUUCUGGUGUCUGGAGAAGAUCAUAAAGUUCCUGAACAGAAACGCCUACAUUAUGGUGGCAAUAUAUGGCAAAAACUUCUGCACGGCUGCCAAAGAUGCCUUCUUUCUGCUCCUCAGGAACAUGAUUAGGGUUGCCGUCUUGGAUAAAGUGACAGAUUUUCUCCUGUUUCUGGGUAAACUGCUGGUCGUUGGGCUUGUAGGAAUCUUUGCCUUCUUCUUCUUCUCUGGGAGAGUGAAGGCCUUUGCGGACACGGCGCCGAACCUGCACUACUACUGGGUUCCCAUCCUGACUGUAGCGGUCGGCUCGUUCCUCAUCGCCAGCGGUUUCUUCAGCGUGUACUCCAUGUGCGUGGACACGCUCUUCCUCUGUUUCUGUGAAGACCUGGAACGCAAUGACGGUUCACCUGCAAGGCCUUAUUACAUGUCAUCAAGUCUGGGUGAGGUUCUGUGGAAGGACAAGGCCGGAGACGCGUCCUCUUCUGUGCAACACCAAAGCAUCGGGACCGGGCCUGAGGCGGACCGGGCCUAACUGGACUUUCUCAAGUGACGUGGAACGCCUUGUCCGCCUUUUAGGAAACCAGGCUCUGUUAAGUUUAGCUGAACAGGGGAUUUAAGGGGGAAUUUACAGUUGCAUCUUGUCUUGGCAGAGAGGUGAGGUCAGGUUUCUUCUGACAUGCAAAACAGUUUUUGUUGGAACAUUUCAAAUGAUGCUGUGCAAAACAUGAUCAAAGAAUAGAUCCAAGUGUUUUUUAAUUCAAAUGUGACAAUACUGCAGUAUUAAUAUUCUCUAAAGGAUUCAUCAAUACACUUCUGUGCUCUGUAGUGUUUUAAUCUGGAUUAAGUCACAGUGAUGUUAACACUACAGUAUGAUUGGGCUGGACAGAGUUAUAAUUCAGGAUAAAGAAUGUAAAUAUGACAUUUAGUAUAAUUUUGUUUCAUCAGUUGAAUUUUCAGAGAUGUAUGAACUCUUUCAUCCAGAUUGUCCUGAAAGAUCUGGACAUAAAUUCUCAAAAAUGAUGAUAAAUUUGAGUUUGAUUCAAAUUAGAAUCAUUAUCUGCUGUAUCAUCAGCUGUAGAACAAACUAUGUGAAUUCUGAAUGAGAAAUAUUUUAAGGAUUUAGGAUCGAUAGAAGCAUUUUUUCCUUGAAUAUAGAGGUUUUUUGUUGUUUUUUUUUUUAAUUAUGAUAAAAUGCUCCCCUUUGGUUUUGGAUUUCCAUUGAACUAACACGGGUAAAAUACAGUUGAACCCCUGCAAGUCUGUCUGAUUUCUUCAGUUAAGUUUAGUUUUGGCAUUUAUAUUCAGUAGAUUUCUUUAAACCUGUAACUGAAAGGAAAUCAUUCAUAUUUUGAGUAUUAAAAACCUUUUUAUUUAUUUAUUUUAUUUUCUCUGACCUGAAAUAGUGAAGUGCAGGUACCUGGAAAAAAAAAAGUCCUAAACUUCUCCUGUGAUUUUAAAUCUUUUUUUUUUUUUUUUACUGUAUUUUAUGUCAUUUGAAAAGUGCAGAGAAAAGCUGGGUUAAUACUGGGUGGGGGGGAGAAACAGCCAAACUUUUGUGGCCUUUGAACCGUAGAAACGGCCCACAGAAAGAAGGGCUGCCGUACUUUUCCUGGCACGUUUGGGUUCGGUUUGAGCAUCUGGUCAGACUCCAGAACCACAUGAUCACUGGAGUUCUGCUCGUUGAAGCACUUUGGCGCUGAACCGAGGCCAUAUGUCAGUCUGGAUGAGAAGUAAAGCAAGUUUUGUUGUGCAUUUUGAUUAUUUUUUUUAACUCUGAUUUGUGUUUUUCUUUAUAAAAUGGUUUAUAUUUUUAUUUUACUUUGAAGAAACAAAGUUUGAGGUCUUUAUUAAAGCCAUGUGCCUUCUUUUCUUUUUGUUUUUUUAAUAGAUGAAUAACUAUAUUGCUGUCUAAACCGAUUAGCAUGGUCAGAAAAGCUCCAUGUGUCAUGGAUUUGGUUUAAUCUCCUCCUUUACCUAAUGUUUUUCCAGUGGAGGACCUUGAAAGGAACGACGGCUCUGCAGAGAAGCCGUACUUGAUGCCUGAAAACCUCCG